AUGCAUCAACACAAGCACUUUUCCAUCUUCCUCAUACUCUCUCUCCUCUUCCUCUUUUCACUCUCUCUCCUGAUCACCACCGCCGCCGCCGCCGCAACUCCGUCCUCUCACAACUCCUCAUCGCCAUCGUCGCCGCCGUCUACUGCGUGCAAGUCCACUCUCUACCCGAAACUCUGCCGCUCCAUUCUCUCCGCCGUUCCGUCCUCGCCUUCGGCCCACAAUCUCGACAACUACGGCAAGUUCUCCAUCAAGCAAUGCCUAAAACGAGCGCGAAAAUUGUCGGAGCUCAUCUACCGGUACGUUCACCGGCGUCGAGACUCCGGCCACCGGAGCGACACUGGAGCGGUGGAGGACUGCCAGCAGCUAUUUAUGCUCAAUGUUCAGUUCCUGGAGUUCCUCGUCGAGGAGCUCUGGUCGGCCGACGAUGAGUCGAUGACCAGCGAUCUUGUUGACCGGAUCAGGUCCAGGCUUAGCGCCGUCGUGACCAACCAGCAGACAUGCUAUGACGGCCUGGUGGAGGCGAAGAGCGGGAUUCUGUGGCCUCGGGGGAACGGAACGGUUGCGGCGCUGUCGGCUCCGGCGAUGUUCGACGUUAGCAGGCUGUACAGCGUGUCUCUAGGGCUGGUGACUCACGCGCUAGCAAGGAAUCUGAAACGCCACCGCAAGAGACGGAAUGUUAGCGGCGGCUCCGGCGACGGACUUCACCCCACCACGGCGAACCUCCACCGGGUGCCAUUGGAGCAGUUUAUCAAGGCUUUACAGAAAAGGACGAGUAAUUGCGGUACUUUUUCAUCAAAAUCAUGUCCAAAGGGAGGACGGAUUCUCUCGGAAAUGGAAGGGAAUGGAAUUCCGGUACGCGACAGCGUGAUCGUCAGCAAAGACGGCACCGGAAAUUUUACGACCAUAGGAGAGGCCGUCGCAGUUUCACAUAAUAAUACGAGGCCGGAAGAUGGAUAUUUCGUGAUAUACGCCGAACAAGGAUUGUAUGAAGAAUACAUUGUCAUCCCAAGUUAUAAGAAGAAUAUAGUGUUGCUCGGAGAUGGUAUUAACGCCACUAUCAUUACUGGAAACCACAGCGUCGUUGAUGGCUGGACUACUUACAAUUCUUCAACAUUUGCGGUUUGUGGAGAGAGAUUCAUCGCCAUAGACAUCACGUUUCAGAAUACGGCAGGUCCAACAAAGCACCAAGCUGUCGCGGUCCGCAACCAAGCCGACCUUUCAACGUUCUACAGAUGCAGCUUUGAGGGAUACCAAGACACUCUCUACAUCCACUCCCUCCGGCAAUUCUACCGCGACUGUGACAUCUACGGCACCGUCGACUUCAUCUUCGGCAAUGCCGCCGCCCUCUUCCAAAACUGCAACAUCCUCGCUCGAAAACCGAUGCCCCGCCAAAAGAACGCGGUCACCGCGCAAGGUCGAACCGACCCUAACCAGAACACCGGCAUCUCGAUCCACAACUGCACCGUCGAGGCAGCACCGGACCUCGCCGCCGUCGACCCGAGUAAUGCCACCACCUUGAGCUACCUGGGACGGCCGUGGAAGGUGUAUUCUAGGACGGUUUACAUGCAGUCUUAUAUCGGGGACUUUGUAACGCCAGCCGGAUGGUUGGAGUGGAAUGGCACCGUAGGGUUGGAUACUCUUUACUACGGAGAGUUUGAGAAUUAUGGUCCUGGUGCUGAUACAAAGAGGAGAGUUCAAUGGCCUGGUUUUGCUUUGAUGAAUGCUUCCGAGGCUUUGAAUUUCACCGUCUAUAAUUUUACUUUGGGAUGGUCUUGGUUACCGGACACAGAUAUACCUUUUUCUGCAGGAUUACUAGAGUAUUAGCAAGGGAUGUGUUAUUAAUUAUCACGUGGAA